GACGCGACCUCAUCAAGCACCAUCAUCUAAUCAGCCACCGUAACUCUCUCUCUCUCUCUCUCUCUCUGGAAUUCUCGUUGGGUUUCGUGGAGGCGAAGACGACGGCGACGACGGAGGAGAAGAAAGGCGAAGCAAGAGAAGAAAGAAGGGGAGAUGUCGGUGCAGGAGUAUCUCGACAAGCACUUGCUCUCUCGGAAGAUCGAGGACGCCGUCAAUGCCGCCGUCAGGGCCAAGGCCUCCGACCCCGUCCUCUUCAUCUCCAAUCACAUGCGGAAGGCCGUCCCUCCCGUCAUCACCAAGAUCAAAGCGCGGCAGAUCUUGGACAGCCGAGGGAUCCCCACCGUGGAAGUCGACCUCUACACCAACAAGGGCAUGUAUCGCGCCUCGGUUCCCAGCGGUGCGUCCGCUGGAAUGUACGAAGCUGUUGAAUUACGUGAUGGUGACAAAGGGAAGUAUCUUGGUAAGGGUGUUUUAAAAGCUGUCAAUAUGAUCAAUGAGAAGAUUUCUGAAGCCUUAAUUGGCAUGGACCCCCUACUCCAAGUCCAAAUAGAUCAGGCAAUGAUGGACUUGGACAAAACUGAGUAUAAAGCUGAGCUUGGAGCGAAUGCAAUGUUAGCUGUGUCAAUUGCUGCCUGUAAAGCUGGUGCUGCUGAAAAAGAGGUUCCAUUGUAUAAGCAUAUUGCUGAUCUUUCUGGUAAAAGCAAUCCAGUUCUUCCUGUUCCAGCCAUCACAGUCAUAAGUGGUGGAAAACAUGCUGAGAACAAUCUGGCUGUUCAGGAAAUUAUGAUUCUUCCAGUUGGUGCAAAUAGCUUUCAGGAAGCAAUGCAGAUGGGUUCUGAAACAUAUCAUCACUUAAAGGCUAUUAUUAUGGAGAAAUAUGGUUCAGUUGGGUAUAAUGUUGGUGAUGAUGGUGGAUUUGCUCCAAAUAUCUCAAGCAUCACGGAGUGCUUGGAUCUUGUUAAGGAGGCAAUUGACAGAGCAGGAUAUAAUGGAAGAAUUAAGAUGGCAAUAGAUGUUGGUGCUACUGAUUUUUGCAUCGGAAAGAAGUAUGAUUUAGACUUCAAAACACCAGGGAAAUCAGGACAAGAUUUCAAAACAGGGGAAGAUAUGCUCGAGUUGUAUACUAAGCUGUGUACAGAAUAUCCAAUUGUUUCUAUUGAGCAGCCCUUUGACAAGGAGGACUGGGAACACACAAAGUUGUUCUCUGCCUUGGGGUUAUGCCAGGUAGUUGGAGAUGACUUAUUGAUGUCAAAUCCUAAACGCAUUGAGCGGGCAGUAAAUGAGUAUACUUGCAAUGCGCUUCUUCUCAAGGUAAAUCAGGUUGGUACUGUCACGGAGGCUAUAGAAGUUGUUAAGCAAGCAAAGGAUGCUCAAUGGGGAGUCAUCAUUUCUCAUAGAUCUGGAGAGACUGAAGAGACAUUCAUUGCUGAUUUAGCAGUUGGGCUUGCCACUGGUCAAGUAAAAGCUGGUGCACCUUGUCGGGGUGAGCGGCUUGCAAAAUACAAUCAGCUACUUAGAAUUGAGGAAGAACUUGGAAACCAGGCCAUCUAUGCUGGAGAAAAUUGGAAAUGCCCGUGAUUGCAGGCAGGUUGUCUUUUCCACAAUCUCGCCUUGGAUAAUCUCCUGUGCAAAUUUUGCUGCUCAAAUCAUGUUGUUUAAAUAGAUUAUGACGUAUUUAUUGGUUAAAAAAUACCUGGCUGUGUUUUUCGAGUUUGGCUAGUGAGGAAAGAUGCACAGAUUUCGAAUGAUGAUUGGUUAACA